CAAAGGAUUUGACAACACAAGUUUGCGUAAAAUAAAUGAAAAUAGUUCAUACUAAAUUAAAUAUUCAUCCUUAAGUAAGGCUUCUCGUUGAGAAUCUCGAAAUGAAUCAAUUAAUUGCGAAGCCAUAUAAUAAACUCCUAUAUAAAGACACAUAGAAGCUGGACCAAUCAUCAGUAUCAUUCAGGAUGUCUUCUCUUCUUCGUUCAGUUCUUGUAUCAGCAGUUCUUCUUCUCGUUAUUGCCAUGUGCAAUUGCCAGUUAACUUUUUCACCUGGCUGGGGUAAACGCUCAUCUUCAGCUGGUCUCUUUGAACCACAUCCAGGCAAUUGUCGUAAUGCCAAUGAAAUGUUAAUGGACAUUUUCAAAUUCGUUCAAAACGAAGCUCAAAUGUAUUUGGACUGCAAUCAACAAAAGUAAAAUUAAUCUUGGCCCUUACAAAAUAUCAGCGUCUUUUCUUCUUCUUCUAAUAAACUAAAUGAUGUCGCAUAGGUUCCGCGCUUUCUGUUUUUUUUUUUAAUUUAUAUAAUAACAAUUAUUAAUCAAAAAAAUUGUGUGCUCCAUAAAUUAUAUAGAUAAAUAUGAUACAGUUAUAAUCAAAUUAAUAAAAUUCAACUGAUGCAAUGAGA